UGCAUGAGAGAUUUAAUCCUCAAUUGAAAUGUACCUACCGAGUGAGUGAUUUAGAAAAAUAACGGAUGAGUGAGGGUGAGAACUGAGGAGAGAAGAAGAGAUGAAAAUUUCUAAAAGCAAUCCCGUGGCAUGUAUUAUUUCGACUCAGUCACCCUUUACCAAAUACCACAGCAAGUACCCAUUUACUGUAACUCAGAAAAACAAAAACAAAAAAAACAAAACACUUGCUCAGACUGCAGCUGGCAAGGGAGCAAUUGCUCAGACAAGAGUGAGAUGGUAGAUCUGACAGUACUUUUGGAUUAUUGAGGGGGAAUAUUUCAGUGUCACCUAUCCCAUUUGACCACACAAUAUUUUGUGGCAAACUGGUAAUGUCAAUUAUUGCUCCUUCACCCACCUCUCUGGCCUUCACAGUGAGAAGGUGUGAACCAGAGCUGGUUGCUCCGACCAAGCCAACUCCCCAUGAGUUUAAACAGCUCUCUGAUUUGGAUGACCAAGAGUGUUUUCGGUUUCAAAUUCAGUUGAUACAAUUCUAUAGGUGUGAUCCAUCUAUGCAUGGGAAAGACCCUGUGAAAAUCAUCAGAGAGGCACUAGCACAAGCACUUGUGUUUUACUACCCAUAUGCAGGGAGGCUUAGGAAAGGACCUGGUCGAAAGCUUAUCUUAGAAUGUACUGGUGAGGGUGUUAUCUUCAUUGAGGCUGAUGCUGAUGUUACACUUGAACAGUUCGGUGACAUAAUUCAUCCUCCAAUCCCAUGUAUGGACCAACUCCUCUAUGAUGUUCCAGGCUCAGGAGAAAUCCUUGACUGCCCAUUAUUGCUCAUUCAGGUGACAAGAUUGAGGUGUGGGGGUUUUAUCUUUGCCUAUCGCUUGAACCACACCAUGAGUGAUGCAAUUGGCAUAGCCCAAUUCAUAGGUGCCGUGGGUGAAAUGGCUCGAGGUGAAUGUGCCCCUUCCAUCCCCCAAGUUUGGCAAAGAGAUCUUCUCAAUGCAGGGAAUCCACCAAGGGUGACAUGCACACAUCACCAAUUCGAUGAACUUCCUGAUACAAAAGACUAUCCUCUCGAAGACAUGGUCCCUUGUUCUCUCUUCUUCGGCUCGAUCGAAGUAAAUGCAAUUCGUAAACAUCUCCCUAGUCACUUGAAAAAAUGCUCCACAUUCGAUAUAAUAACUGCGUGCAUUUGGCGAUGCAGUACAAGAGCACUUAGACCAGACCUAGAGACCCAAGUGCGUGUAAUGUUUGCAGUCAAUGUGCGUGGCAAACUUAGCCCCACAUUACCAACUGGGUAUUUUGGCAAUGCUAUUUUAGCAGCAGUGGCUACAACAACAGCAAGGAAGCUUUGUGAGAACCCUUUGGGAUAUGCAUUAGAAUUGGUGAAAAUGGCAAAAGCUAAUGUGACUAUGGAGUAUGUGCAUUCUUAUACAGAUUUGGUGGUGAUUAAAGACAAACUUGAUCUCAAUAGAGUUCAAUGCUACUUACCAACAAAUUCGACACGUGUGGGAUUUGAAGAGGUGGACUUUGGGUGGGGUAAGCCUGCCUAUGGUGGGCCAGCCAAUCUCUGGACUGGACCCAAUCCUAAGUUAGCAAGCUCUUACACAUCUUUUAGCAAUGGUAAAGGGGAGAAAGGAAUUGUGGUGUCAAUCCUACUGCCAAAUGUGGCUCACGAAAUAUUCAAGAAGGAGCUUGAAGAGUACACUUUGAAGGGCCAUGCAAUUGGUGGUCAAUAUCUAUCAACUCCUAUUAAAUCUUCCAUGUAGUGCAAUUAUAAAACAAAUUAUCAAUGUAAGAUCAAUUAAAGAAUUAACUUUCAACGAAUCAGAAAAAAAGA